AUGCAGACUGUUGACCAGCCCACUACUAGAACUGCCGCCGAAGACGAUGGCAUCGACCAAAUAGGCUCAGACACCCCACGAUCCGGCAUUGCGACACCUCAACCCGAUCCCUGCGACAAGCGCCUCCCCGGAAUCAUGAGCUACUUCGGCCAGGUUCGUCAAGACUCUUCUGCAACCGUUCCGCCUUCCUCCCUCGACUCGCGGCAGCACAAUUACCACACCACAUCACAGACUCCCCAGAUGACCCUCGCUGCCGCUCCGUCCACCGACGCUGAUAUCCCGGCGCCCGAUCAUGAGGAAUCCCGGCCACCGGCAUCCGAGGAGCUACAAAUACGACCGCCACCUCUUUUCCCUGCCGGCGUUCCGCCUUCUUCCUUAUACUCCUCGGGCGCUGCUUCCUCAGAUGCGUCGGCGGCCGUACAUCCUCCUGCCCCUCUGUCUGCCAAGUCGGGCCCUACACAACACCUUACUACCAAUAUUCAUCCCUAUCCCACCCCUCCACCGUCGCAGCCUUGCUCGUCUGCAAGCUCCGCUGUACAUGUUCUUAACAGCCGUGCGCAAGAUUCGGCACCCGCUGGCCGGUCUGCUUCUCUCGCUGCCAAUGCCAUGAGCGCUGCCCAGCAACUGUCUUUCACUUCUCGUGGCGUUCACUCUCUAGAUGAGAGUCGCGCUCAGUCUCCCCACCCCCAUGUCACUACCCUUCCUAAUUCUAAUUCUGCUUCUUCCUCAACUACUCAACCGUCUAGCAAAUGGUUUUCUUUUGGUGGGCUCAAAGAGCUAACACGUGGUAUCAUCUUCAAGAGCGGUCCCCCUACCCCGACCAGAGCUCUUUCGACUGCCCGUCCCUCGCAGUCGGACGGCAAAGACUCGGUGUCCCGUACCAGCAACGAUGGUGCUGAAGCCAGCGGAACUCAGACCCCGCGCUCUACUGGCGCUCAGGUCCCUGCUGCCCGUGGGAAACUCACAGUCAAAAUCUCCGAGGCCCGUGGCCUACGCAAGUGCCACGAUCCCUAUGUUGUUGCCGUUUUUCAACGCUCUGAGCUCAUCUCGAGCGGUCCUCGACCUAGCGACGAUGAAGAGCCUCUCAAUGUUGCUCAGGCUGCUAUUGGCGGCAUCCCUAUCCAGCGGUCAGGAAGUGAUUCUGGGCGCCCCAUGGCCAUCCCCAUGCGCAGUCGCCAGAGCAGCAACACAAGUAUUACCGAUUACAACACCUUCCGCAGCCGCAACGGCCGUAAUGCCCCUCUCACGAACCCCAAAUGGGACGCCGAGGCUGUAUUUGACGUUGUCGAUUCCGGUUCCUUGGUAGAUGUGUCCUUGUAUGACCACACCCCCAGCGGCGAAGAGUUUCUCGGUCAUGUCAACUUUGAAGCCCCGAAGGAAAAGGAGACGCCAGUCCGCGGCUGGUUCCCCCUCAAGGGCCACGUCAACACUGUUGCCGAGGCGGCGCCCACCGGUGAGGUCUACGUCGAGGCUCUAUACCAGCGCACAGAGAAGAAGCACUACGGCCCUAGCGAUUUCGAGAUUCUGAAGCUCAUUGGCAAGGGAACUUUUGGGCAAGUCUACCAGGUUCGCAAGAGGGAUACGCAGCGCAUCUACGCCAUGAAGGUUCUGCAGAAAAAGGUCAUUGUGCAGAAGAAGGAGGUGGCUCACACCGUCGGCGAGCGCAAUAUCCUUGUUCGCACGGCCACAUCUGACUCGCCCUUCAUUGUCGGUCUCAAAUUCUCUUUUCAAACUCCCUCCGAACUAUAUCUGGUCACAGACUACAUGUCCGGUGGCGAGUUGUUUUGGCACCUGCAAAAGGAAGGCCGUUUCGACGAGAGACGUGCCAAAUUUUACAUUGCCGAGCUGAUUCUCGCCAUUCAACACCUUCACAACAAUGAUAUUGUCUACCGCGAUCUCAAGCCUGAAAACAUUCUCCUCGAUGCGAACGGCCACAUUGCGCUCUGCGACUUUGGUCUAUCCAAGGCCAAUCUCACAAAGAAUGACACUACGAAUACGUUCUGCGGCACAACUGAGUACCUUGCCCCUGAGGUACUUUUGGACGAGUCUGGCUACACCAAGAUGGUCGACUUUUGGUCGCUUGGUGUCCUCGUUUUUGAAAUGUGUUGUGGCUGGAGUCCUUUUUACGCUGAGGACACCCAGCAAAUGUACAAAAACAUUGCCUUUGGCAAAGUUCGCUUUCCGCGGGAUACGUUGUCGCAAGAGGGUCGAAAUUUUGUCAAGGGCUUGCUCAACAGAAAUCCCAAGCACCGCCUCGGCGCCUCGGAUGAUGCCGAGGAGCUGAAGCAGCACCCCUUCUUCAACGACAUUGACUGGACGUUGCUCGCGCAAAAGCGCAUCGCCCCUCCCUUCAAGCCCAAGCUCAAGUCUGAAACCGACGUGUCCUAUUUCGACCCCGAGUUCACCACGGCCUUGGACCAGAAUGGGUCCCUCAACGAGCGCGCCGCCGCCCUCGCUCGAGGCUACGCCGCUUCGACGCCGCUUUCACCUUCAGUGCAGGCCAAUUUCCGGGGCUUUACUUUUGUCGACGAGAGUGCCCUCGAUGACCACAUGGGUGAUCGUGCGCGCAACGACGACGAGGACAUGGAUGACGCGAGCCAGCACACCAACGGUAAUGAUGACGACUGGGACAACUUGGACGAUUUUGAUGCGAGGAGGGAUAACAGAAUGAGCGGCAUCGUGCGCACUUCGACUCAUGACGAGCAAAUGGUGGGAGGAGGGCACUUUGAUGUUUAA